AUGGACGAAUUGGACGGCGACGAUGUCGAUACCGACAGCUUCAUUCCUAACUUCCGACUUCCUCCUACGACUGGGAACACAAUGCAAAUGGGCAUGCAAGCCUCGCCCCCUAUGACGACGAGCGCUGCUAGCGACGGAGGCAGUGGAAAUCUCUUGAUUGAUCCGUACGACCCAAUGUUGGAUGCGGAUCCAUUCGGUCUUACUGCAAGCAUGCAUUUUCCGAAUCCCUAUACAUAUCCGCCGUCACAAGCCAGGAGGUAG